AUUCAUUAAAUUACUUGGGGAUGGAUUGCGCGUAUUAAAUUGUGAACCAACUACUUGUAGCUAGCCAAACAACUGGAGCAAUUUACGCAGAAACCACCAAGUUCUGUACCUUUCACUGAAUCAUGAUCUGAAAGUGGACAAUGCAUGUGUUACCAGAGGAUAUGUUGCGUGACCUUGCCAACAUAACUACCUCAUAUGCUCAGCAGUCGAGCUACUUGCGACAAUCCUCACUUGGAUCAUAUUAUCAGUACUGGGUCCCCGUUGGUCUAACAGGAUUCUUGGUGGUCGGCACAUGGUUGGCCAAUUGCAUCCUCCUUGGCGGAGCAUUGCAGACAGCUUGCACAGGGCACAUAGUCCCAGUGGCGUACUUCUUUAUUGGUUCUCAAGCCAUCGCAGCUCUGUUACACGUGACACUGAAUUUACCCGCCGGAGUAGUGGGAAUCAUAUUUGGCAAGUUUCAGGUCAACAAACAUGGAUUCCUUUGUACACAUCUACUGCCUGUACUCAACGUACUUGGAUACCCUUUUCUGCAAUCUCACCUUUCUGCAAACAUUUUUCUCCAGUCUCGACGCGUACCUACGAUUACGAAACCCAAAAUUUUAUCUGACAUCCGCAAGGCGGAAACCGGCUCUUUGGCUCAAAAUAGGCUCACCGUGGUUAGUAGCUGUAGUACAAGCGGUUGGUCAACUGGCUUUGAGCGACAAGCAACAGGUCAGACUGCAUCGCGGCACUGAACAAAGUGUUCACCCAGGGACAAAAUUAGGACUUCAUGUAACUUGCUUAUUGCCAGACCCAAACUUUCUUAUCAUCAGGACAGUUAUUGCCUAUGCACUGCCACUGUUAGCUUGCAUUGUACUGGUAGGUCUACAGCUGAGGUGUCUACGAAGAUUAAGGUCUUAUCCUGCGGAUGCACUUCAGUCCUUGUUAAAGGUUCGAAAACCGUUCAUGUUUGAGACAGAUUGUAGGCAGAACAACAGUGCCUUCAAUUCAGUGAAUCCCUUUUCCGUUUUGUCUAGACAGAGUAGACAGUGUGAUGAGGCUACCUCUGCUUUUGCUUCAGAAGUGAACGUUCCACUAUCCGGACUACGAAUUGAUCCAAAUUCCGAUGUGGACAGAUCAGCAGCAGCCGCAUUCACUCUCGUCCCCUUUUCUUCAAGGUAUCUUUAUCAUUCGCUGACUAACAGAGAGUAUACAAGACAAAAUAUGACAAGGAACCAUUCGCUUACCGUGGGACAUAAUUCCGUCGCUAACGUUGAUCAGCCUAAUGACAGUGCGAAUGUACCAACUUGUCAGGCUUGUAUGCCACACAUGCUCUUACCGUCCAACGCGUUACUUGAAUUGCAUCCAAUCGACCCACGGACUAAUCACAAUUUUAUGCACACCUCAUUCUACGAGUGUCCUGCACACGGGUUAAUAAAUGUAUCUAUAGAUGAAGGAUUACUCAGCGGAGCAGAAGUUAGCACCCCUCAAACAAACACAGAUGUAUUACAUCAACGUUCGAAGACUGAUUCCAACUCGACAAGCACCCAUCCGUUAGCUCAACCAGGAACAGACUUCAUGUCUAAUCACUCGGAGGUCCACAAAGAGGUUGAGAUAGCGUCUAUGGACAGGAACAACAGUGAAGUGAUAUACACUACCUUAUCACAGCCCGCACCGAAUUUCCCAACUGAUGCGGUCAGUGCAGAAACGGAGCAAAGUAGACUGUCACCGAAGACACGCGGCGUAAAAGAGCAGAGGAGACAGAACUGUACCGCUUUGCAUUCGCAGCCUAAGGAUGAAGUGAUGCAAGAGUGUCUGUUUCCUUUCACACCUUUGUGGUUAACCGCUUACAAUGGGGAACAGCUAGCAGUCGCAAUAAAUUUGGUUAGUUGUAUAAUCGCCGUGGGCACCUGGUCUCCAUAUAUUUUAUCCACUCUUGCCCAUGGACUAUGUCAGCCCAUUCCACUCACUUCGGUUGUGCGAGAUCUCAACCCAACCAUUCUCAUGUUCCCGGAACUGACUGCUGCCCUAGACAGUCAGCUGCCGAGACAGGUCAGUCGUUGUCUUAUUCAAGUCACUGCAAAUCGUAUAGCCGAUUUUCGGUGGUGGGCCUAUGCAAGCUCUGGAUUACUUCUUCCAUGUCUUCUUUUCUUCCUCGAUUUGGGCCUUCGAGAUGGUUGUUGGAAAUCGUUAAACUAUGACAGGAAACCAGAUGUGUCAAAGAGCGCAGUGCAUUCGAAGUUACAAGUACUCUCUCCUGUAAACCGAGUUGAAACUUACAGGUGUCAAAAUACUGCGGUAACGAACCAUUCCAUCGUUGACCGCGAUGCACGAAUCCCCAUACAAACACAUGCUUCUGGUCCACUGUGGAACGAGAGAAAGUGUACUACUUCUCAUUCAUCUGUACACAUAAACUCAAUUGAGGAAGGGGCUGCUUGAAUUUUUCUAUAAUACUGUAAUAUUUUUUAAUAUACUGUUUCUUGGUG